GCGUCAUCUGUAGCUCCGCCAUCACUAUAGCUCCAUCCAUCAUCCCAAUUAUACAACACAUCCUCACCCCUCUCAUAUUCUUCUAUAAAUUUCCUACAGAAUGAAGUCUCCUUUGAUUCUCUCGCUCUAUGCCACGGCAAUCACAACGGCUCUUGCUGCGCCACGGAUAGAACAAGCAGUGCUUCAACAACCAGAGCGAGAGCAAUUUCUCAUCGAGCUAGCUCCAGGACAGAGACACUAUGUCACCGAGCAUGAGAAAUGGGAGCUCCGAAAGCAAGGCAUCAACUUCUUCGACAUAACCGACAAUGAAGACCUAGGUCUCCUGAACCAUAAGGUCGGCAUCCAAGCCGUCACCUUCCCCUCAAAAACGUCGCACAACAAGACCAUCGCGCCUCUACUCAAGAAGCUGGAAAAGAAGAAUAUGCGAAAGCACCUCGAGAAGUUUACCUCGUUCCAUACACGAUACUUCAAAUCCGACUACGGAAAGCAGUCAUCAGCAUGGCUGCUCGGACAAGUCAACGAUACCCUGUCCGAGGCGGGUGCGCUGGAGAAGGGAGCGUUCGUCAAGCCGUUCGAGCAUCCAUGGGGCCAGAGCAGCAUCAUUGCCACCAUACCCGGCAAGAGCGAUAAGACAGUUGUGAUCGGGGCACACCAGGACAGCAUCAACCUAUGGCUACCAGCUUUUCUAGCUGCCCCUGGCGCUGAUGACGAUGGCAGCGGAACAGUCACAAUUCUAGAGGCUCUGCGUGUUCUGCUUAUGUCGAAGGAUAUUAUCGCGGGCAAGGGCGAAAACACGCUCGAGUUCCACUGGUACUCUGCCGAAGAAGGUGGUCUGCUGGGCUCGCAAGCGAUCUUCCAGUCGUACGAGAAGGAAGGACGGAAUGUCAAAGCCAUGCUCCAACAGGACAUGACUGGCUACGUACACAAGACCAUCGAAGCAGGGGAGCCUGAGAGCGUCGGUGUCAUCACAGAUUUUGUGGAUCCGGGUCUGACCGAGUUUAUUAAGGAGAUCAUUACCGACUACUGCGAGAUUCCGUACAUCCUUACGAAGUGUGGGUAUGCGUGCUCCGACCACGCCAGCGCCUCCAAGGCCGGCUAUCCGUCUGCCUUUGUCAUCGAGAGCGACUUCAAGUACUCAGACGACAAGAUUCACACGACAGAGGAUAAGAUCGAGUAUCUCAGCUUCGAUCACAUGCUGCAGCACGCAAGGCUGACGCUGGCUUUGGCGUACGAGCUGGUGUUUGCUAAGCUGUAAAUAUUUUGCCGUCAAGGAACAUAGCAUAGAUACGAAAUAAGCAUAGUUUGGGACACGGGUGGAGCUGGAGUACUUGGACUGUUUCUACCUUGAUAGUAAAUGCACUACAGUCAUCAUUUUGAUACUCUAAUAGAUCUUAUACGAAUAGAGCCAAAC